GGGAUGCCUGGGGCCGCCAUUUUAAGUAUGGGCCCAGCUGAGAAGCCCUGUACGGUGAAACGCUGUGACAUGCGGCCGCCAUAUUGGUGCGGAUCCCCGUGGCGGCGGCCAUCUUGAACGGAGACCUGCUGUGGGCGUCGCCAUCUUAGAAGUAAAACGGCCCCUUCCCGGGAACUGGAACCAAGCUCCUCCCCUCUCACUGGGUACCUCCUGUCUGCGACUGCCCUUCGGAAUCCCUCCCUAAGUCCACCCCGUUCGGGACCCUCCAUUCCCCAUAUCCAGGAAAAUGUGAUGAGCUACAGGUAUCAGCUUCUAGAUCACCACUUUAACGUUCUAGCUACAAGUGACUCGAGUGGAAGAUCCAGGGGCAGCGAGGUCCAUCAGGAAGAUGUCUAAAGAAAUGGCAGACCAAAGAGAAGGAGCAGCUGGGGAAAAAGAGGCAUGCAGAGAUCAAAUCAAAGAAUCGGACAAAGACGAGGAACCACCAGCUGCUUCAUCCCAUGGCCAGGGGUGGCCUCCACGUGGCAGAGCACCUAGGAACUCAAGGCCUGAACCUGGGGCCAGACCCCCUGCACUCCCCAUCAUGGUCAAUGACCCACCAGUACCUGCCUUACUGUGGGCCCAGGAGGUGGGCCACGUCCUGGCAGGCCGUGCCCGCAAGCUGCUACUGCAGUUUGGGGUGCUCUUCUGUACCGCCCUCCUCUUGCUCUGGGUGUCUGUCUUCCUCUAUGGCUCCUUCUACUAUUCCUACAUGCCGACAGCCAGCCACUUCAGCCCCGUGCAUUUCUACUACAGGACCGACUGUGAUUCCUCCGCCUCCUUGCUCUGCUCCUUCCCUGUUGCCAAUGUCUCACUGGCUAAGGGUGGACGUGAUCGGGUGCUGAUGUAUGGACAGCCGUACCGCUUUACCUUAGAGCUUGAGCUGCCAGAGUCUCCUGUGAACCAAGAUUUGGGCAUGUUCUUGGUCACCAUUUCAUGCUACACCAGAGGCGGCCGAAUCAUCUCCACCUCGUCACGCUCCGUGAUGCUGCAUUACCGCUCAAACCUGCUCCAGAUGCUUGACACACUGGUCUUCUCUAGCCUCCUGCUGUUUGGCUUUGCAGAGCAGAAGCAGGUCCUGGAGGUGGAGCUGUACCCAGAAUACAGGGAGAACUCGUAUGUGCCGACCACCGGAGCCAUUAUCGAGAUCCACAGCAAGCGCAUCCAGCUGUACGGAGCCUACCUCCGCAUCCACGCCCACUUCACUGGGCUCAGGUACCUGCUGUACAACUUCCCGAUGACCUGCGCCUUCGUUGGUGUCGCCAGCAACUUCACCUUCCUCAGCGUCAUCGUGCUCUUCAGCUACAUGCAGUGGGUGUGGCGGGGCAUCUGGCCCCGACACCGCCUCUCUCUGCAGGUAAACAUCCGAAACAGAGACAGGUCCCGCCAGGAAGUCCAGCGGAGGAUCUCUGCCCGUCAGCCAGGAGGCACAGGGCCCCAAGGCCAGGAGGAGUCCACUCAGCUGUCACCCAUUACAGAGGAUAGUGAGAGCCGUGCAGAUCCCUUGGAGCCAGAAGGCCAGCUGUCUGAGGAGGAGAAACCCGAUCAACAGCCCCUGAGUGGCGAGGAGGAGCUAGAGCCGGAGGCCAGUGACGGUUCAGGCUCCUGGGAAGAUGCAGCUCUGCUGACGGAGGCCAACCUGCCUGUUUCUGCCCCUGCCCUUGCCCCAGAGACCGUGGGCAGCUCUGAACCCUCCACAGGCACUGUCCGACAGCGCCCCAUUUGCUCUAGUUCCUGAAGAGAAUAGGGCAGAGUCCCCACACUCCAGCCCUCUCCCCCCCGAUCCCUUUCCCUUUCCGGGGCUCCACCAAUAAACUCUUUUCAUGCCAGCUGCC